UUGUUCUAUAAAUAGAGAGCCCGCCUCCUCUGUCCUGGGCGAAGCAUUUGCAACGGAGGACUCAAAAGUUUGUCAUCACAGAAGAAAAUCGCAGGAUCGGAAGCAACGUUGAGCUCCAAAAAAGGAAUGGCGAUUUCUUCAGUUGAUAAUUCGCAUGCCUCAUUGGACAGUGGUGGUUCUCUCUCGCAAAUUGCUCCACUUGAAGCAGUUCUAUUUGACAUUGAUGGAACGUUAUGCGAUACAGACCCCCUUCAUUAUUCUGCUUUCAGAGAAAUGCUGAAGGAGAUUGGAUUUAAUGGUGGUGUUCCAAUUACUGAGGAAUUUUUCAUUGCUAAUAUUGCUGGGAAACACAAUGAAGAUAUUGCAUCCGUCCUUUUCCCAAAUGAUCAUGAGAGGGGUCUUAAGUUCACGGAUGACAAGGAAGCAGUGUUUAGAAGGAUAGUUAAGGAAAAAAUUGAGCCUGUAAAAGGCUUACAUAAAUUCACAAAAUGGAUUGAAGAUCGUGGGUUGAAGCGAGCUGCUGUUACUAAUGCUCCUAGAGAAAAUGCGGAGUUGAUGAUCUCAUUGCUUGGACUAUCAGACUUCUUUCAUGCUCUUAUUCUUGGAAGUGACUGUGAACGUGUGAAACCAUUCCCAGAUCCUUAUUUAAAGGCACUUGAAGUACUCAAGGUAUCAAAGGAGCACACAUGUGUAUUUGAGGAUUCCGUUUCAGGAAUAAAAGCUGGGGUUGCAGCUGGUAUGCCUACUAUUGGUUUGACGACUAGGAAUCCAGCAGAACUAUUGAUGCAGGCCAAGCCUGCUUUUCUCAUCAAAGAUUACGAAGAUCCAAAACUUUGGACUGCCCUUGACGAGCUUGAUAAAAUGGGUAAGGUUAAAACAGGUGCAGAAUGAAAUGUAGACAUGGUUGCUACUAAGUCAGACAAAUACAGUGUAAUAGGAGUUCCACCAAACGCAAGUGCGAAACAUCACUUGGGAAUAACAAAAUAUUAGAUCCCAGGAAAAACCCAUUACUUAGUUUUCGAAACUAAGUCCAACUUUCAGCCUAUUUUGCUUAUAUAGAACUCCAUUUGUUUCCUUCCCCAAGUAUGUCAAUGAUAUAGGCUUUUAUGGAGAAGGCAUCUCUCAGAUUGAAAAUAAAGACGAGUUAUCAUGGAAGUAUUAUGAGAAGGGAUUAGAUUGGCAAUCCAGCAGAGAUGGAACUGAGUUAUCCUUGAGGGUGAUUGAUUGUGCUUUGCUCAUUCAAACUCAAGGCUAAUACUCCAUACUCUUCUGAUGUUGGGUCUUCUGAUCUCGGAAAUUAUUCA